AGUCUAUUGAGCAUCUGCCCGCCGAGUACGGGCGCUCAAUUCAGUGUCAUUGGCGUUCGCGCGGAGGAAGUUCAGUCUUUCAUCUCUCUCUUUGUCUACACCUGCCAUCGAUUCCAUCGCUUGCUUCAUCGCCCGAACAUUGCACGGCACCACCCGCGACAAGCUAUCGCGACCCCAACUCCGACGGUCGGCCACUUGGCGUCAUCCCGGAGCAUCAUGGCCACACGAACAGCCAUCCCCUUCCUGGUGGGAAUGAUGCUGCUGACAGGCGUCUGCAACACCCUCCUGACCAAAUAUCAAGACAACCAAUGCGUGCGCGACUGCGAGAAUGAGAACCCGAACAAGCGAAAGGCCUUUGAGCAGCCCGUCCUGCAAACGGCGCAGAUGUUCGUCGGCGAAAUGGGAUGCUGGCUCGUCGUUGGUCUCCUGGCUCUCCGGACGCGCUUCUUCUCGAACAAGUCCCCGUCGGCGCGCGGCUACGAGGCUGUCGACACGCACGAUCGCGGAGACAGCGAUCCCAUGGCAGAGGAUGUAGAGGGAUCUUACAAGGGCAAAUCGGUCUUGCGCGGUGCCAGGGUCACCUUGCUGGCAUUGCCAGCCAUCUGCGACAUUUGCGGCACGACGUUGAUGAACGCCGGUCUCUUGCUGGUCGCCGCGUCCAUCUACCAGAUGACACGAGGCGCCCUCGUCCUCUUCGUCGGACUCUUCAGCGUCGUAUUCCUCAAGCGCCACCUCCACCUGUUCCAGUGGCUCUCGCUGGUCGGCGUCGUGCUCGGCGUAGCUGUCGUCGGCCUGUCGGGGGCCAUCUGGCCGGACGAGCAAAAGAUCCCGCAGGACGGGAAGUUCAGCGACGAUGCCGAGGUCGGCGGACUGUCCGACACGGCGGCGGCGGUGAUUGGCGUGCUCCUCAUCGCCGGUGCGCAAAUCUUCACGGCGACACAGUUCGUCUUGGAGGAGUGGAUCCUCGAGCACUCGAACAUUGAGCCGCUGCGUGUUGUGGGCUGGGAAGGCAUCUUUGGGUUCAGCGUGACGAUGCUUGUCAUGUUCGUGCUGCACAUGGCCGUUGGCCGUACGGACGCGGGACGCUAUGGGUACUUUGAUGCGGUGGAGGGCUGGCGGCAGAUGACGACGAACCCCAAGAUUGGGUAUACCAGUCUCCUGAUCAUGGUCAGCAUUGGUGGUUUCAACUACUUUGGCCUCGCGGUCACUCGCACCGUGAGCGCGACCUCGCGAUCGACCAUUGACACAUGCCGCACGCUCUUCAUCUGGAUCGUCUCGCUUGGCCUGGGCUGGGAGAAGUUCAAGUGGCUGCAGAUUGUCGGCUUCGCUCUCCUGGUCUACUCGACUUUCCUCUACAAUGGCAUCGUCCAGCCGCCUCUCAAGUGCUUGCAGACGGACGAGGAGAUAGAGGAGCUCUUGCCUGAAGAUCCUAUCGAGCGAACCCACUAGCAGCGACCAUGUCUUUUUCUUUUUGAAUAUCUCUCGCUACUAUAUACGACUUCUGAUUGGACAUCAUGGGAUGGCGUUUAGGUCACCCCGUACUGGGUUCAGGAUCUCAUCGUGGCCGACGAUUCACGCGCCAUGUUUUUGCACA